AGCAGCACAGCACAGCCACAGGGCUGCAGCUACAAGCAGCCCAGAGAGGACCAGCCAACACACAGAGAGAGAGACCCCGCUGGCUGUCCACAGAGACAUGCAGAGAAACACACCAGAAACUGAGACAGAGAGGGGGAGAUAGAGGGUGAUCAAAUAGACAUAAAUACAGAGUACAGGAGGGGAGAGGAGGUACUCGUCAUCUCCAUGGACACAGGGAACUUUCAGCAGUACACUCGGCUCUCCACGAUGGUUAUUAAUAUUUCCCUUCUCAUCCGACAGCCGAAAACAACUUUUCCUUUUAAAAGUUUGAGAGACAGAGUUUUUCCAGUGAGGAUCCAAUCUCUUCUAAGGACAUUAUCAAGAAGAUUUGUGUUUUCUACCAGGAUCAUUUCAAAGAGUACCUCCUUCGCGUGUAAGGAACCAGUGGAUAUAUUUCUCCACCUUAGACUCCCAUCAACACUUUGAAGGAGGCAUUCCUCUCUCCUAUAAGGACCCUUUGAGAGACUCUUUUUACCUAUCUACUCUAUUAGGAGUGGGUGAGAAGGACAGUGGUAGAUUUUCUCCAGGGAUUUUCUCUGUCUCUGUGUCAGGAUGGCUGGCUGUACCUGCCGCUGCAGACAGGGGUGUCAAGUUCAUCCAGUCUUACGCAGACUCAUCUUUGGGACCCUCACUAAAGACAAGAUUGAUGAUGAGUUGGAGAUGACCAUGGUGUGUCACAGGCCUGAGGGUCUGGAGCAGUUGGAGGCCCAGACCAACUUCACCAAGAGAGAGCUACAGAUCCUCUACCGCGGCUUCAAGAAUGAGUGUCCGAGUGGAGUGGUGAAUGAAGAAACAUUUAAACACAUCUACGCCCAGUUCUUCCCCCAUGGAGAUGCCAGCACUUACGCUCAUUAUCUCUUCAAUGCAUUUGACACAACAAACAAUGGAUCCAUUAAGUUUGAGGAGUUUGUAAUGGGACUGUCUACACUGCUGCGGGGCACUAUGAGAGAGAAGCUGGAGUGGACUUUUCAUCUUUACGACAUCAACAACGAUGGAUACAUUAACAGAGAGGAGAUGACUGAGAUUGUGAGGGCCAUUUACGACAUGAUGGGGAAAUAUACCUACCCUGCACUCAAGGGAGAUGUCCCUAAACAGCAUGUGGAUGCUUUUUUCCAGAAAAUGGAUAAAAACAAAGCUGGAGUUGUGACUUUAGAGGAGUUCAUUGUCGCAUGCCAGGAGGAUGAAAUGAUGAUGAGAUCCAUGCAGCUCUUCGAAAAUGUGAUGUAAAAAAGGAGCCGAUGGAAGGAAGGAGAGAAUUAGAUAAUGAGAGAGAUUGUGUGUGUGUUUCAGUGCAUUCGUGUGAGUAUUCGUGUGAGUGUGCGUGUGCUUGUGCGUGUGUCCACGCAUGUUUGUUUAUCCGUGMGUGUCUGUCAGAGUGGAUGAAUGUGGAUGUGUAUCUAUCUCUCAUCCUCUCAUCUAACUUGUCAGCAUUCAUGUGUUUGCCAAAUAAUGUCUCUGCCUGGCUACCUGCCUGGGUAUGGAUCAGACAAAGCCAGAACCGCUGAGAGAACCCUGGACUUGCUAGUCAUAUUGCUGAGCCUGGGAGUAUGCAAACGAAUUCACUGGAAAAUGCUUUCUGCCUUUUUAUGUGACAUAAAGGUUUGUAAAUCAGAUGAUCAUACAAUAUAGACUGCAGUGUGAUACAGCUGAGAACUCAAACUCAUACGCUGCUCCCUGAUUAGGCCUUUGUGGAAACUCCUGAAAGACUCCUGCCCCCUACCUGUCAAACACUGAAACCCUGCCGGGAUACUUUGGGUUCUUUUGACUCCGUUCUUUUUGCCAAAAUAGAUGCAUGCUUGAGCCAGAGGGAUUCCUCCCUCCCUACCAUAGAAAUAGAAUCAUGAUUCUACGUCUAUGCGCCCUACCAACCAUUUGUUUGUCCACUGACUUGGACCUUUAAACUCAUGCAUUCAGUGAUUGAUUUAUCGACAGCUAUGAUCUACAUAUCUGCUUAUUUAUUAAUGUGUUUAUGCGUGAAAAAUAUGAGGUUGUCCUAAUGUAUUAUUUGUUUGUUUUAAGUGUUGUGUGUUUCUGAUUCACUGUCGUCGUGGUGACCUCUGUACCUCUGUUGGCUUGGCUGUCGCACUCCUGUCUAUCCUUGUAAUUGUGUCUGUCCCUGACUGAUGCCUGUUCUACUGUAUGCUUAUAAAUACACCUAAUAGACUUGG